UCUUCGGACAUGGCGGCGACGGCGGAAAGGUUCAACUAUUACGCUGCCGCUUGCGCCAUAGUCGCUUCCACCAUAUCCAUCAUCUUCGGCUACGAUACCGGAGUGAUGAGCGGAGCAAUGAUCUUCAUCAAAGAGGACUUGAGAAUCGACGACACGAAAGUCGAGGUCCUCGCCGGAAUCCUCAACCUCUGCGCCCUGGUAGGCUCCUUAAUGGCGGGGAGAAUCUCCGACUACAUCGGUCGUAAAUACACCAUCGCCAUGGCCUCCACCAUCUUCCUCGCCGGCUCCGUCCUCAUGGGCUGGAGCCCCAAUUACGCCGUCCUCAUGACGGGACGCUGCGUGGCCGGACUCGGAGUCGGAUUCGCACUCAUGAUCGCUCCGGUCUACUCCGCCGAGGUCUCGUCGGCUCAAUCCCGCGGCUUCCUCACCUCCCUCCCUGAGUGGGGGAUCGCUAUCGGCAUCCUCUUAGGAUACAUCUCCAACGUCGCCUGCGCCAGGCUGUCGCUCAGGCUCGGGUGGCGGCUGAUGCUCGGGAUCGGGGCGGUCCCGUCGCUGAUCCUCGCGGUCGCGAUCGUCUCGAAGAUGCCGGAGUCCCCGCGCUGGCUGAUCAUGGAAGGGAAAUUGGGGGAAGGGAAGAGGAUACUUUUCGCGGUCUCGAAUUCGAAAGAGGAAGCCGAGAUUCGGUUCCGGGAGAUCAAAAUCGCGGCCGGAAUCGAUCCCGAGGAGGAGGGGGAGGAGACGGUUGAUCAUGUUCCGAAGAAUUCGGGAGGGAAAGGGGUGUGGAAGGAGCUGAUUCUGCGGCCCACGCGGGCCGUGCGGAUGAUUUUGAUAGCGGCGGUGGGGAUACAUUUCUUCGAACACAUGGUGGGCACGGAAGCGGUGGUGCUCUACAGCCCGAGGAUUUUCAAAUCGGCCGGGGUUACGGAUAAGCACAAGCUUCUGCUCGCGACGGUUGGGGUCGGAUUGACGAAAUUCGCCUUCAUCGUGAUCUCGACGUUUCUCCUGGACCGGGUCGGGCGGCGGAGGCUGCUGCUGGUCAGCACGGCCGGGGUGGUCGGGGCGUUGACCGUGCUGGGGGCGUGUUUGACGAUUGUGGAGAGGGAAAAGGGGGAGAAGGUGAUGUGGGCGCUGGGGAUGAGCAUCGCGUCGGUUUAUGCUUUCGUGGCGUUUGUGAACAUCGGGCUGGCGCCGGUGACGUGGGUUUAUAGCUCGGAGAUUUUUCCGCAGCGGCUGAGGGCGCAGGGGUACAGUUUGGGGGUGGCGGUGAAUCGGUUGAUGAACGCGACGAUCUCGAUGACGUUUAUAUCGCUGUACAAGGCGAUCACGAUCGGCGGGGCGUUCUUUAUGUUCGCCGGGGUGGCGGUGGUGGCGUGGUUUUUCUUCUACUUGUUGUUCCCGGAGACGAAGGGGAGGUCGUUGGAGGAGAUGGAGGAGUUGUUCAGUCACGGGUUCCGGUCGGGUCGGAAGCAGCAGAGUAAAGGGCAAGUAGGACAGGGCAACGUGUAA